AUGGUACGCCUCUGCAUCACCCUCCUGUGCUUAGCUCUGCUUGCUAGUCAAGCUAUGACGGCCGCGACCUGCCCGGCUGCCAAAGACUCGGUACGCAGUGAGUACAAAUGCGCUGCGUAAGGAUUGUAAGCACGUCUGACGGACCCGCGCGCACAGUCGUCAAAAAGUAUCCUGGUGACUUUUACGUGGCAAAGCAGGCUUGGAUAGAGACUUGCAAGGCGCUCCCCCAUGGUGCGGGCACCAUCUAUCCUUACUACGAAGGAACGCCCACAGAGGCAGGAUGCAAUACCGAGUGAGUCGCGCGACAAACGACACGACACUCGUGGGCGCGACAGUGCUGACGCGGUGCGCUCGCUACCACAGUGAGGGCGUGGAUUAUGGCUGUCAAGUACUUGAGAAACUAGGCCGCGGAUGGGAGCUGGCGACGCCGUCCGGCAAGUCCACUGAAAAGGAUGUCGCUGCACAGCACCAGCGACUAGUCCACACUGGGCCGUGA